UCUGACGUCACAUCCGGCGGCGCGGCACCGCCCCUUAGGUGUGGAGGAGGGGCCGGGGAAGGGGGGAGUCAUCUCCUCGGGCCCGGCUCCCGGUGCCGCCGCCGCCUUCCCCUUGGGGCCGGGGGCCGGGCUCCUGCCGCCCCCACAGCUCCGCAGCGAGGAACCAGGACAGUGGCACCGCAUCUGGUGGUGGCGAUGUGCUCACGUCCUGCUUUGUUGGCCCCCCCACCAAAGCCAUGCAGAAGGAUUCAGUUCCAGUAACGUGCGGUGACAGUGAGGUUUGGACAGACCUUGGACAGGAUGUUGGGAUUUCUGAAGAACCCAGUUGUGGUUACUGCGGAGAUAAAUGUGAACCUUGUGGUGCUGACUGUGAUGGGGUUAAUAAGCCGUCUCUGGGGGCUUUCCUAUCCCCGUGCUGUGGUUUUUGAUGAAGUUUAUUAUGGCCAGUUCGUUUCCCUCUACAUGAAGAGAAUCUUCUUCGUCGAUGACAGCGGCCCACCUUUUGGCCAUAUGCUGCUGGCUUUGGGAGGUUACUUAGGAGGAUUUGAUGGAAACUUCUUAUGGAACAGGAUUGGAGCUGAAUAUAGCAUGAACGUUCCCGUUUGGUCCUUGCGACUCCUGCCGGCGCUGGCUGGUGCUCUCUGUAUCCCUUUAGCAUACCAGAUCUUGGUAGAACUGCAGUUCUCCCACUGUGCCGCGCUUGGAGGUGCUCUGCUGAUUCUCUUGGAGAACUCUUUGAUCACUCAGUCAAGGUUCAUGCUCCUGGAAUCCAUAUUGAUUUUUUUUAUCCUACUUGCGGUUUUGUCCUACCUGAAGUUCUACAAUUUGCAAAGGCACAGUUCCUUCUCUGCAAGUUGGUGGGUUUGGCUUCUGUUGACUGGAGUGGCUUGUUCUUGUGCAGUUGGAGUGAAAUAUAUGGGCCUGUUUACCUAUAUGCUGCUCUUGGCCAUCGCAGGACUCCACUUCUGGCACAUGUUAGGAAACCAGAACUUGUCAAACGUUUCCUUACUGUGCCAUUUUCUAGCUAGGGGACUGGCCCUCAUCAUCAUCCCCAUGGCAAUGUACCUGUCCUUCUUCUAUGUUCACUUGACUUUGCUGUAUCGCUCUGGGCCUCAUGACCAGAUUAUGACAAGUGCUUUCCAAGCCAGCUUAGAGGGUGGGCUGGCUCGAAUCACUCAGGGUCAGCCCUUAGAGGUGGCCUAUGGCUCUCAGAUCACUCUCCGGAAUGUGUUGGGCAAGCCCAUGCAGUGUUGGCUCCAUUCUCACACGAAUACUUACCCCAUCAGGUAUGAGAAUGGCCGAGGCAGUUCCCAUCAACAGCAGGUGACCUGCUAUCCCUUCAAGGAUGUGAACAACUGGUGGAUUGUCAAAGAUCCUGGAAUGCAGCAGCUGGUGGUGAGUAACCCACCCCGUCCUGUCCGGCACGGACACAUCGUGCAGCUGGUCCACGGCAUCACGACUCGGUACCUCAACACGCAUGAUGUUGCUGCCCCUCUUAGCCCCCACUCCCAAGAAGUUUCCUGCUAUAUUGAUUAUAACGUCUCCAUGCCAGCACAGAACCUCUGGAGAGUGGAAAUUGUAAAUCGGGAGUCUGACACAGAUGUGUGGAAGACAAUUCUGUCAGAAGUGAGGUUUGUUCAUGUGAACACCUCUGCAGUGCUAAAGCUCAGUGGAGCAUCUUUACCUGAGUGGGGAUACCGGCAGCUAGAGGUGGUUGGAGAGAAGCUGUCCAAAGGCUACCACCAGAGCAUGGUGUGGAAUGUGGAAGAGCACAGAUACGGGAAAAGCCAAGAGCAAAAAGAGAGGGAAGUGGAACUCCACUCUCCCACGCAGAUGGACAUAAGUAAAAACCUCAGCUUCAUGGCAAAGUUCACAGAAUUACAGUGGAAGAUACUCACACUGAAAAAUGAAGACACGGAGCAUAAGUACAGCUCCUCUGCUCUUGACUGGAUCACAAUGGAUACAAAUAUUGCCUACUGGCUACACCCGACCUCUGGUGCCCAGAUCCAUCUCCUUGGGAACGUUCUCACCUGGGCUUCAGCUAACGUUGCUGCUGUGAUCUAUGUGUGUCUGUCCCUGUGGUACUUGGUACGACGAAGGAGAAAAAUUUAUGACAUUCCUGAAGAUGCAUGGCAGCUGUGGGUAUCAGCUGGGGAGAUCUGUGUUGGAGGCUGGGCUGUGAAUUACCUGCCCUUCUUCCUGAUGGAGAAGACACUUUUCCUGUACCACUACUUGCCUGCCCUCACGUUCCAGAUUCUCCUGAUUCCCAUUGUAUUACAGCAUCUCAGCGAUUAUCUCUGCAGAUCGCUGCUUCCCAAGACCAUGUUCAGAGCACUGAUCGUAGCCUGGUUCUCAUCAGUGUACCUCGUCUACAGCACAUUCAGCCCUGUGACCUACGGGGAGCCCUCGCUGUCUGUUGCUGAACUCAAGGACUUGCGCUGGAAGGACAGCUGGAACAUCCUUAUCCGAAAACAGUAACACUCCCAGUCUUGUUACAGGCACAAGGAAACACACCUUUUAUGCAAAGCCAAGAAUUUGCUGUUAGUAUUGCAGUCUUUUUUAAAGGCUGAUCAAAUAAUUGCUAGUAAUCUGCAUCUAAUUAGGAAAAAAAUCUUUUAUUAAAGAAUACUCUUACAGAUAGUAAGAGUAGCUCCCUCUUU